AUGUUCAGAUUUGAGAAUUGCGUUUCGGUGUACCCAGACUUAUUAAAAAGAUUAGAUGAAGAAAAAUCCAUUCUUUUGAAGUUCGAUCUGUCAUCCAAAGACACAGAUGUAGAUGAUGGCCACCAGUGGAGUUUUUAUGACGCUACGACACACUUCCGCCAUAAACCUAAAUACAAAAGAGUAACAAUCGAUGGAGUCUGGUAUCGGAACACGCAAUCCACAGAUUAUAAAAAUACUUCAUUUAGGAAAGAAACAAUAGUCAUGGAUCAGAUAUGCUUCGUGCAUUAUUUUCUCGCCGAUGGAUCGUAUAUUGAGCCGAUGAGACGACGAAAAGCUAAAAUUGCAGACCGUGAAGCUGAUAAAAUCCGAGGUUUCCUCGAAAAUCGAACUAUCACUGAAGCCUGGGAUUUAGCGAAGGCUGAAGGAAUGAAUGUUACUCGUCUACAGGUCCGAAAUCUGGCAAGGCGCGUAGACACUGUGAUAAAGGAGCCUGCCGGGUGUCCGAAGAAAAAUCUGCCUGUAGUAGAAGAAUUUAAUUUAACACGUUUGCUAGCAACUCUUCUCGCUAGGAAGUGA